GACACAGGAAAUUAAGACGCCUGAGCAAAGAGCAGCAUGGUAUUUACUCACCGUCUUCUGAGAGGAGCAGCAGACACAGUUUUCAUCUCCUGAGUCUUCAGCAUGCGGUGUAGCUUCUUGCAUUUGAAGAACAGACAAAGGACAACCAGAUUUCGUUUCAGUGAACAGCCUCCAGCGCAGCAGCACUUAUGAGAAAAUCAUCCUACGCUGUGUCACGUCAUCUUCCCUGAAAAAAAACAACAACAACUAAAUCUUCAAAGAUGAACGGGACAGAUGAGUGCAGCCUCCCUUCAGCAGAGUACCAGUACUACCUUUUCCCAGUGGUCUACAUCCUUGCCUUAGUGGUCGGUCUUCCAGGAAACCUGUCUGCCUUCUACGUCUUCACUUUCAGGACGGCUCCCCGCACGGCCUUCAGUGUCUUCAUCAGCAACUUGGCUCUUGCAGACAUCGUCAUCCUCUGCACGCUGCCCUUAAAGAUCCACUACCACCUCCACAAAAACAACUGGGUGUUCGGGGACGUUGCGUGCCGUGUCACCGGGAUCGUUUUCUUUGCCAACAUCUACUUGAGCAUCUGUUUCAUGACGUGCAUCUGCGUAGAUCGCUACGUGGCCACCGUACAUCCACACAAGUAUCUGCGGUUGAGGAGCGUCUGGUGCUCCCUGGUCGUGAGUGCGUUGUUGUGGUGUGUAGUCGGCGUGGCCAUGCUGGUCUUCGUCCUCAUGGGACCUCUGAAAACCAAUCAAGAUGUUUCUGGAAGCCACAGCUGCUUUGAGAAUUUCGCCAAGCACGAGUGGAACACGCGCUUGGCGGCGUACAGCGUGCUGAGUCUCAUCUUCGGCUCUCUGCUGCCCUCCAUCAUCAUCCUGGUGUGUUACCCGCUGGCAGCCAGGCGGAUCUCCAUGAUCAAGACCAGAACUGCCCAAAAAGCAGUGAUGGUCAUUUACACCAUCCUCGCUAUAACGCUGCUCUGCUUCCUGCCCAACCACGUGGUGUAUCUGCUGCACCUUCUCCGACGCAUGGACAUCAUCCAAAGUUGCUCCGCCGCAAACGCCAUCUACAACGCCAGGCGGGUAACCAUGGCACUCGUUGUCCUCAACACAUGCCUGGACCCUGUUCUUUACUACAUCACCACCAGUCACUGCAAAUGGAAGAACUUUAAGAUCUCUUGUUCAUGGGCAAGAUUUCGGCGGCGCAGAGGGAUUUAUACCAUCGCAGUGAGCGAGUAGAUAACAGGAUAACCCUCCUGCAAAUAUAGCUUUGUAUAUACGUUGUUGCACAAAUGAGACUUUUCUACAAAGAUUUUCAUCCAGAUUGGUGUUGUACAUCAAAAUAAAGGGAAACACAAAAAAAU